ACCCCUUCCCUCACCUCCAUCAUGAUCCACUCCGUGCGCGCCACCCUGCGUGCCGCACCGCUGCGCACCGCCGCGCCCGCCCGGAGCUUUGCACGCUCGGCGCCGCGCGCCGACGUCGGCAGCAGCGCCAAGAACGCCGCAGAGGGCGCCGCCAAGCAGUUCAGCAACGCUGCCGAGAAGGCUCGCGCUGCGGCCGGGCCGUUUGCGGAGCGCAUCCAGGGCGCUACGGGCUUGAACUUCGGCGCUCUCUCCGAGAAGCUCGUGUACAACCUGCGCGUCGCCGGCUCGCUCUUCAAGCAGGUGUACGUCGCCGAGGGCCUGGCGCCGCCCAAGAGCGUCGCCGCCGUGCGCGAGGCGUACGCGACGCUCUACGCGCGCGCCGCCAACCCCGAGUACUGGAGCAAGGUGGCGGGCAACGGCGAGUGGAAGAAGAUUGCCGUGUACGCCGUCGAGGCGCUCGGCAUCUUCAGCAUCGGCGAGAUCAUCGGCCGCAGGAAGCUGGUGGGCUACCCGGUGAAGAAGCACGCCGUCUCGCACGCGCCCGCGCACUGAGUGUGCUGCUGUGACGGCGAGCCAGCAUUUCUUCUCUCCUUGUCCUGUACAUGCCCACACCACCACGCAAAGACACGUGCAGGCUACAGCGGCUGGGCAUGAGGUGCGCGCCUGGAAGUACCAGCCCAAUAGCGCAGGCGGCGAUGCAGCGUCGCCUCGACAUCAGCACAGGCAGCAAGGGCACGACAAGAGGGUUACGAUUAGGCGUGAUCUAUGCUACGUGGUGUGUUCCGUUGCUCCGGCGCGUUCACUGGUAGAAGCCGCCCUUGUCGCUCU